GUAAUUAUUUCUUGUGUUCUCAGAGCGCGGUACAAUUCACCACUUCUGAGGAUCGAGGGCAUGGUCGACCCUCGACAUGGCGAUCCUAAGCGCUUUACCCCAUAAAACCGCUCAGUAUCACUCUGAUCCGUAAUCAAACCGAUUGUUCACAGUUUGACAAGGUUGGGUUUGGGUGCUAGCCGAUCCCGAUUCUGGGGGAUUGUAGCGCACGCUUAGUGCGUCUGCGUCCCAAAAUUUGAGGACCAGAAAUACGGAGUGGGUAUAAAGUAGGUACGUAAUAGGUACGUCUGCUACGGAGUAGCCUUGCUAUACAAACAAUACCUACAAGAAAGAUGAGACCCACAUUUUUGUGACGUGGUAGCUCGUUCGGUGCAUUCGCGCAUUGGCGGACCGUAUCGGCGCUAGGUUCGGUAGCAAUGGCACGGCGUCCGGUGGCAAUGGCACGGCAUCCGGUGGCAAUGGCGCGGGGAUUGCUUGGCAGUGCCCUUCAGGCGGCGAUGGUGCUCGCUGUUGUCGUCACUCCCAGUCGCUGCGCUUCGGGGCAGGACGUCGACCCAUUAGCGGAGGUGAUGUCGGGGGUGGCGUGGGAGUGGUACAACAAGGACCUCGCCGACCUCACAUGCGACAACGCCCCGGACGCUCUCGAAUGCAAUGCCAACGGCCAAGUGGUCGCCAUGCAGCUGAACGGCGCGUCCAACGAGACCCUGGCCACCAUACCCGCGUGCAUCGGCAACCUCACCACCCUCACCUACCUGAACUUGGCGGAGAACGCUAUCACCGGCUCCAUUCCAGAGUCUUUCAGCAAGCUCUCGCUGCUCAAGUCGCUGGAUCUGAGCACCAACUUCAUGAAGCAGCCCAUCGACGUCCUCGCAGCCCUCACCAGCCUCACGCACCUGAACAUGAGUGGGAACCUCAUCAGGGCGCCACUUUCACCAGCCGUGGGACAGCUGCCAGCCCUCGUGCACCUGGAUUUCGCGAACAACCUCGUGGAUGAUGUCAAGGAGCUGUCUGCCCUCACCAACCUCAAAUAUCUGAGUCUGCAUGACUGUGCCAUGGGAUCUGAAUCCCUGAGGACUUUCAGCACCCUGACAGCACUGCAAUUCCUGGACCUCCGAAACAACACGUUUGAGGGCUCACUCGACGCCCUCACAACACUCACUCGCCUCCAAUACCUGAGCCUAGCCUACAAUAGCGUUACGGGCAGCAUACCAGCUGCCCUCACUCGCCUCUCCAUGCUCACAUUCCUCGAGCUUGCGAUCAAUGGUAUUAACGGGCCAGUCGACACUGUUACAGCCAUGACUGCACUCCGUUUCCUGUCGUUCUACCAGAACAACUUCUCGGGCUCCUUUCCUGUCACCAUCACUCGCCUCGUCAACCUCACCUACCUCGAUCUGGGCUACAACAGGUUCAGUGGGAGUGUGCCAGAGUCUUUGGGCCAGAUGUCAAACCUCCGCUACUUGGACCUUGGAGACAGCUCGCUGCAGGGGUCGGUGCCAGCAUCCCUGGGGAAUCUCACCAACCUCGAGAAUCUUGGGUUCUCUGGUUUCUGGUUUAUCAACACCAAUGCAACGACGGGUCCAAGUUGCGGUGUGGGGGGUGCGUGUGUGGUGGACCAGAACGCCUCCACGUCCUUCUGCAGCGCGUGCCCCGCCUUCUGCCAGUCCUGCUCGCCGCCAGGGCUCUGCGUCGGCUGCAAGGAGUCAGAGCCCCAGCCGGAGCAGUCAACCGGAGGCAGUGGUCUGUCUACAGGGGCCCUGAUCGGCAUCAUCGUGGGUGGGGUGGUGGUGCUGCUGCUCGCUGUCAUCGGGGUGGGCGUCUUCUUCUACCUUCGGAGGAUGAAAAGGGCAUCCCGCUUUGGCGCGCUGGCCAAGGGGGUGUGUGUGGAGUACACAAUGAAAGAAAUGGAGCAAGCCACCAACAGCUGGGCGGACAGCAACCUGCUGGGGUCAGGGGGUUUUGGCGACGUGUACAAGGGCGUGUCCCCGGACGAUGGCACCACGCUGUGGGCUGUGAAGCGCGCCAAAGUGAUCACCAAUGACUUCCAGAGGGAGGUGUCGGAGAUGGCGACGAAGCACCACCCGAACCUGGUGCGGCUGCUGGGGUACGCCACGUGCGGGGACCUGCGAGACCGCAUCGAGCAGGUGCUCGUCUACGAGUUCAUUUCCAACGGCGACCUGCACAGAUGGCUCUCCAAAGACGCGCCCUCGCCACUGACGCUGAAGCAGCGGCUGGACAUCAUCAUCGGCGCGGCGCACGGGUUUGAGUACCUCCACGGCUUUGACAUCGUGCACCGCGACAUCAAGCCCGCCAACAUCCUCAUCGAUGGCAACAUGCAGCCCAAGGUGGCUGAUUUCGGGCUGGUGCGAGUGGAGGGAGGCACCACGGUGGUAGCCACGCGAGUGAUGGGAACACCGGGCUAUGUGGACCCUGCUUACUCUCGCACGCAGAAGGCCACGCCUGCCACUGAUGUGUACAGUUUCGGUAUUCUCAUGCUGGGAGUGCUCACCGGCAAGACUGCCAUCUUUGAGGAGGGCCACCGCACAUGGAGCAACCUCGAAUGGGUGCAGGAGAAACUCGCUCAAGGGGCAGUGGACGAGAUAGCGGACCCCUCCAUGGGCGACGACCGCCCUCCUACCAGCGCCGUGCAGCGCAUAGCCGACCUGGCCAUCCGCUGCACCGCCACCUUCACUGCAGACCGCCCCACCAUGGCGCGCAUCGCCUGUGAGAUGGAGGCGCUAAGGGCCGAGGUGUGCGGCGGGGAGGAGGACCUGGUGCACCGCGCGCACCGCCAGGUGGAUGAGGAGCUGAAGGAGAGCAUGGAGCAGGAGCGGGAGAUGAACGCGGAGUUAUUUAUGACGCUCACUGGGGGGGACACGGGGAGCAUGAUGGGGAUCACGGGGGAUAUGGGGGGCAUGAGCACACCUGAGGUGCAAUCGGGCAGUCAGGUGUGAAGGGAAGGGAACGGCUUUUGAGGCGUCUAAGAGGUGGGUGCGGCGUUGAAGGAGAGUGUGCAGCAGCAGAAGGAGCGGACCAAGGGGCGGUUCACAGAGAUCACCAUGCUCACCAUGAGGGACCGGGGGGGCGUGAGCACCGCUGAGGUGCAAUCGGGCAGUCACGCGAUUACGCGAAGAGUGGUGCAAAGGGAAGGGAAGGGACGGGAAAGAACGGUGCUAGUAUAUGUGUGCAAGCAAACGGACUGAUGAUGGUUUCGGUGGGUUCUGUUCUGUUCUGUGGUCCAUCAAGUACACCACUUGCCGAGCAGCUUACACAGUACACCUUGUUGGUGUUGGCUGACCGACUGCCUCGCUGGAGUGUUAUUUAUACUGUUGCUGGGUACACGCGUUUCUGGGUCAGGUUUAGUGCUUGCGUAAAAUUAUUUGCUCGACUCAGUGACAACAUUUGGCUUGACAG